AUGGAGGACAAGAGCCUGCUGGCAGGAGACCGCCCCGCCCUGAAGAGGACGCUGAGCACGAUCGAGCGCCAGACCUUGGAGAAAGGCCUUCAGAUCGUGAGUGCGACGGCCACCCGUCUUCAGGGCAAGGGACUAAGCACGACGAAUUUUUUCUUGGGAGUGUCCAACUGUCUCUUUGUUGCGUGGAGCUUCGGGUGUAUCCCUCAGCACUUCUGGAUCGUGUACAUCCUCGAGGCCUGCGUGCUGUUCCCAGUUCGCUUUUGCCAUCAGGCCAGCGCGAAGCCAAGCGAGGUCGCUUAUUGGCUGGACUUCUGUUGGGUUGCCAACUUUACGUCCAUCGCGGGAAUAGUGGCGCUAUUCUUGGACCACUUCCAAGUGAUCGCCUUGCCAGGAACCCAUUUCCGAAAGUACAUGUUUGCGGCCGCCUGGGGGGUCGGAUGCGGUCCGCUCUUGCUCGCCAGCGCUCUCCUGGGGAAUGCACUGAUCUUUCACGACGCGGACAAUGUGGCCUCUGUCUUGAUCCAUCUUUUCCCUUCGCUGGUUCUGCACACCAUGCGCUUCCACGGCGACGUGGUGCACAAGGCAUGGCCCUCAUUCCAUCUCAACUAUCUUGGAUUUCGACGAUAUCACCGGAUCUGA